AUGGGACGAAAACAAAAAACUACGAAUAAUGUAUUAAACACAAUUCCGAUUCCCACUGAAAAACAAAAGAUAGCUAGAGUCUUAAAUGGACGCGGUAAAAAUCUUUUUGAAAUACAAUUCUCUGAUGGUAAUACGACGUUAUGUAUCUUACCACCAAAAUUUCGUAAUCUUAUAUGGGUGAAACGAGAAACAACUGAGCGUGUAAGCAAAGUUGGGGGAGAAAUUGAACACGUAUUAUUUUCCGAUCAUAUUAAACAUUUAAAAUAUCAAGAAAUAUGGCCUCGAGGGUUUGAAAGUCAAGAAGAGGAAAAUUCAAGACAUGAAACGGAUUCUGAAGAACUUUUUGUAAAUACUAAUCGCCACGAAAUUGACGACGAUACUACCACCUCGAGUGAAAAUGAAGAAGAUUAA